AAUUGCAUCUCUUCUCUUGCCUUUCAGUUGUUUGAUGACGUCUACGUGUUGCGUCAUCGGAGGCUGGCGCGCAGGUCUGUCGAUCCCUCCCCUGAACACCACCAGCGCCUCAUCACCCACCCCAACGUGAGAUGGGCAGAGCAGCAGAGAGUGAAGAGAAGAGUGAAGAGAGAUUUUCUUACUCACGACCUGCCGAGAAGCCACGACAUUGCCCAACUGAACGACCCGAAGUGGCCCAAAAUGUGGUACUUGAACCGUGGCGGCGGCUUGGACAUGAACGUGCAGGCGGCGUGGGCGGCGGGGGCGACAGGCAAGGGCGUGGUGGUCACCAUUCUGGACGAUGGCUUGGAGAAGGACCACCCAGACCUCAUCAAGAACUACGACCCCAACGCCUCCUACGACGUUAACAACCACGACCAGGACCCUAUGCCUCGUUACGACCUCGUGGACUCCAACAGGCACGGCACUAGAUGCGCAGGCGAAGUGGCAGCAGAUGCUAACAACUCUAUUUGUGCUGUGGGUGUGGCGUACGAAGCCAGCGUGGGAGGGGUGCGUAUGCUGGACGGGGACGUGACGGAUGCAGUGGAGGCGCGAUCCCUGGCCCUCAACCCCCAGCACAUCGACAUCUACUCCGCCUCCUGGGGCCCUGACGAUGAUGGCAAGACGGUGGACGGGCCGGGACAGCUGGCCACGCGCGCUUUCGUCGAGGGAAUCCGGACUGGGCGUGGCGGCAAGGGGUCCAUCUUCAUUUGGGCCUCGGGUAAUGGAGGGCGUGAUCAGGACAAUUGUAACUGUGACGGCUACACCAACUCCAUCUGGACCCUUAGCAUCUCCUCUGCCACAGAGAAGGGGCAGGUUCCUUGGUACUCCGAGGCUUGCAGCUCCACCCUGGCCACCACGUAUAGCUCAGGGUCCCUUGGAGAGAGGCAGAUCAUCACCACUGACCUUCACCACUCCUGCACCACCUCCCACACUGGCACCUCUGCCUCCGCCCCCCUCGCUGCUGGGAUCUGCGCUCUAGCUCUCCAGGUGAACAGAGACAUCACCUGGAGGGACAUGCAGCACAUCGUGGUGCGGACGGCACGGCCAGAGAACCUUGAGGCGCCCGACUGGCAGAUCAAUGGAGUGGGGCGGCACGUGUCACACAGGUUUGGCUACGGCUUGCUGGACUCCUAUGCAAUGGUGAAGCUUGCCCGGAACUGGACCAGCGUGCCGGCCCAGCGCUCCUGUGAUGUGGAGGCGCCUCAUCUGGAUAAACUGAUCCCCCAGAAGAGUUAUGUGUCCCUGGAGCUUGAUGUCACUGACUGUCCAGGAGUGAACUUCCUAGAGCACGUGCAAGCAAAGGUGUCCCUCUCUGCCGACCGCCGUGGUGACAUUGAGAUUUACUUGGCGUCCCCAGCUGGCACUAAGUCAACCCUCCUGGCCCAGCGUCCCCAUGACAGUUCACAUACUGGCUUCCACUCGUGGCCCUUCAUGACGGUGCACAUGUGGGGUGAGCGGCCGCUGGGCAAGUGGAUCCUGGAGGUGCACAACAACGGACAUUUCUUCACCACGGGAUCCACCUUGCUGGAGGGGUGGCAACUGAUCUUUUAUGGCACCAGAACUAACUAUGACACGUGGCAGGCACGAGGAGCGCGGAGAAACCGUGGUGGUGGCAGUGGUGGUGGUGGCGUGGUGGGCCGGAGGGGAGGUGGUGGCUCUUCUGUACCUUUCCCCUACAGGAGGAACCACCCUAUCACCCCUCCCUCCACUACUACCACCACUACCACCACCACAAGCACCACCACUACCACUACUACCACUUCCCCCACCACCUCUGCCACCACAUCCACACCUUGGCACCCAUACUCCAUUCACAAAUACCCCCAAUACAGUAUCCCCCAACAAUACCCUCACAACCCACCACAAGGCUCCCUCCCUGCCCCCAUGCGCCCACCAAAUCACCGCGACAACUCACACCACAAGGGCAAGGCCGGAAUGAAGGAAUGGAGCAUCACAAUGUACGGCACUGAGACUGAGCCAGGCCAGGAAGUGCCACCCCUUGUUGGGGAACAGCAGCACUCCCAGAGCGAUCCUGCAAUGCACCACGUUGUCGAUACCACUGAGGGGAAGACAGAGACACGUGACCCAGACACCCACAUGACCGGCUACCCGUCCUUGUCCUCCGCCGCACCGCAUCUCGCCAUCCCCCCCCAACCAGUACCCCUGGAGAAGGUGCUCCCCAAGGGGUGUCUGCGCAGCUCAGCUGUGGGGGCUUGCUUAGAGUGUAAGAAGGACCACUACAUCUUCAAUGGGCAGUGCCUCAUGACCUGCUCCCCGGGGCACUACGCUUGGGAUCCCCAGCAGGAGGGUGUGACUGGCGUUCCCACCUGCCUCUCCUGCCACUACUCCUGCUAUAACUGCUCUGGACCACAGGACUAUGAGUGCACCAAGUGUUGGGGCGAUGAGGAGAUGUACUUGCCGUCCAAGGGCCAGAGUCUGUGUCAGCCAAGCUCACUGCUGCUCUCAUACCAGCGGCAGCAGGGCUGGUACCUAGCCCUGCUUGGUGUGGUGAUAGGCCUGUUGGUGCUGGUGCUGGUAAUGGGCGUGAUGGUGCUGAGGAAGAGCAAGCAUGCACCACACAGGUCGUCCCUCCCCAAGACCCUCACUGGCCUCAUGAACCCAGCAAGUAACGGAAAGAUUGGGUACAGUCCCAUGGCUCAGAAAAGCUCAGACAGUAUCCUUACAAGCAUACCAUUCCACGAUCUCACCACAGAUGAGGAGGAGGAAGAUUAAGAUUAUGCAAGAUUAGAUCAUGACAGUGAAGUACUUAAGUGUUUUUACAACAUUUUAUUUUGUGUUUAUGUGAGUGCCUGUCAUUAGGUAUUCCCCUCAGGACAGGUACUUUCAUGAAGCUCCAAGCAAUAAUGAUGCAUCUGCUCUGGACAUCACACCAGGGCAGGAAUGUAAUGAGAGUUCUCCAACUGUGAUUGUCUCUGUGUUAGAAAUGUUUCAAAGUUCUUUUUUUAAUGGUUCAUGCAUUUUUUUUUUUUAAUAUAAAUAAUGAAGUCCAGAAUGGUAUUGACAUGAGGAGAAAAAAACAUUUGUAUUCCAGGUAACAUGAAGAGUGAGUGAAUGAGUGAGUGAGUGAGUGUGUGUGUGUAUGAAUGUGUUUGUGUGUGGCCUUAAUAUAUGAACAUAAUGACUGUGGUAAAGACUGCCCAUGUAUGGUAAUAAUAUUCUCUCCCUGAUUGUAAUGAUAAUGCUUGUCUAUGGUGCUGUGGGAGUGUGUCAUCUCUGCCUGCACUCCUGCACCUCUCAUCCAAGAAUCUUCACUUACAUAUCCAGUGUAAUAAUGAAUUCAGGCAGUAACUCAUAACUUUGAUUGCAAGCUGUCUAGAAUUCUUUCAAUCUUUUUAAUGAUAAUUCAAUAUAGAGUGUGUUUACAAGAUUAUAUAUUUGCAAUUUUAUAACUAUUAGCUCAAAUGAAUUGUGUGUAAAUAGUAAAUAGUGUUGUCUUUUUAUAGUUUUCAUAUUUAUCUUUUUUUGUACAUAGUUUUCCCUCCCAAGAACCACUCAUCAUUGUUCAUUGAUGAUAGUGGCUGUCUAGGGGAGCAUUCACUCGUUGCUAUUUUAAUAUUCUAAUUCUUGUCUCCAAAGAAACAUCAAAAGAAAUCAGUCAUUCCAUUCCUUAUCAGUAGAAAUGUUCAGCAGACUUGUAUAGUUCAUUCAUGGAGAAGUUAUUGUGCAUGUCUGUGCAAUGAGGGAAGUGACAGUUCUCUUACUCUGGUUAAGAUCAAUGAGGCAAGAGUUAACCUUAUUCAUUGGUCUUGAUUAGCAGAAGUUGAAGCUCUUGUCACCCUCUACAUAUGUUAGCUGGGAGGGACAGGUGGUAAUGUGAUAAUAUGUUGCAUGAUUAAUAUGUUUAGUUCGCUUUUGCUGCUUCAGAUGGUGCAGUCAUGGUCAGUAGUCAGUUCACUUGCUGCACUCUCACAGUGUUUGGCAUUCCUCCUCUGUCUUUAUUCCCCUGAUCUGCUCUGUUAGUGUUCAGGUCUUCACUCUGUUGUUAGUUGUUAUGUUUUUAAUUCUUUUUCAGUCAGGUUUUCAUUAUUCCUCCACUGUCAAUUGUCUGGUUUUAAUUCUUCCUCAGUCAUGUUUUUCAUCCUUUCUCAGUUCUCAAUUGUCAGGUUCUCAAUUCUUUUUCAGUCAGGUUUUCAUUAUUCCUCCACUGUCAAUUGUUAGGUUUUUAAUUCUUCCUCAGUCAAGUUUUUCAUCCUUCCUGAGUUCUCAGUUGUCAGGUUUUUAAUUCUUCUUCACUCAGGUUUUUAAUUCUUUCUCAGUCAAGUUUUCAUUCUUCCUCAGUUCUCAGUUGUCAGGUUUUUAAUUCUUCAGUCAGGUUUUUAAUUCUUCCUCAGUCAAGUUUUCUAUUGUUCUUCAGUCUUUAGUGCCUUGAUCUGCUCCAUCAGCCUUCAUAUUCAUAAGGGAAUUAUUAAGCAGGCAAGAGGAGCAAAAACUGAAGAGAAACACAACACAGUGGCAAAGAAUGAGGCAGUUUACUCAUUUGUUCCCUGACCAUGAGUGUAGCAUUGUGUUGAAGCAGUGGAGGCAGUGGGUCAGGUGGUGCUUAGAUGUGGUGGCAAACACACUCUUGGCUUGGAUGUUUUAAAAGUGCAAGAAUAUUAGUCAAGGUGCAGUUUUACUGAGAUCACUCAUACCCGUGUGUGUGUAUGUAUGCAAGUGUCGGCACAACUGGUAAACAUUGCUACUGGUGUAUUGGGACUAGCCAGGUGGGACUUAUGGUCUUUUUGCAUAACGUAGGAAGAGUACAAAUGUAAAUUCAUGUGCUCUGGGCAUUAAGAUGAAAUUCUUGCUUGUUCUUCAACACAGCUUUCUUGUCUUUGUGAUUUACCAUCCUCAGAUGUUCACUGAUGCCUUUUUUUUCAUUCCCAUUUUUAAUUUCUUGGUUGCAAAAAGCUCAGUUCAUCCAUACUCAACACCAUUCCCUUUUGAGCCAAUACGUAUAGUUUUCAAUCAUAUGCUGAGUCUCAUUAUGUCUGAAUACACUACAGAAGUUUCAGAAGUGAAUAGGAAAAGAAUAUAUGCCAGAAAUGAAGCUCCUUGGAAAAAGAGAGAGGAAGUAAAAAGUCUAUUGAUAGCACAUAAUGCAGAGUAAAUAGCUAAGAGAGUGACAUUGAAGACCAACAGAAAAAGACAAAAUAUAUAUUCCAGAAUGCAGAAACCUCCGUCCUUCCAGUCCAUCCCCGCAGGGCACACUGAACCAAUCUACUUAAUGUGGAGCUGCAGAUUACUCCCCAAUUCACCUCAUUAUUUAAGUGUGUCCUACAGAUCCAUAGUUCCUGUUCUCCUUUAAGGGUCUCCUAGAACAGUGGAAGUGAACACAACAUUCCUGACUUCAUCUUCAUCUUUUUGUUUGCAGUGAGAGAAAGAAAGCAGAAUUUAAGUGUCAGUGUGAAAAAAUAAGGUUGUUUUCUUUACUGUAGAGGAAUUAUAGAAAGAAAACAGAAUUCAGCAUUGUCAACUUAACAUUUCCACUUUCAUCUUCACCCUUUUUGUUCAUCUUUAUGGAACAGUAGCAAGAAGUCAGAAUUUGAGUGUCAGCGUGUAAAAUAGUUUUCAUUCACUGUAGAGAAAAGGUAGAAAAAAAUAAGUUUGAGUGUUGAUAUGAAAAAAUAGGGCUGUUUCCUUUAUUAAAUGUAGAGGAAUGAUAGAAAAAAAAUCUAAAUUUGAGUAUCUGAAAAAAAAAUAUAUGGUUUCCUUUACUGAAGAGGAAUAAGAGAUGAAAAGGAGAAUUUCAUUGUUUUGACAUGAAGAAAAUUAGGUUUUUGUGUCUUGUUGAUAAUGAAGGAAUAGUGAAGGUAGAGAUCUUUCAAAACUUGUCAUGUGCCCUUGAAAAGAAGUCCCAUUGCUUACUGUGUACUGUGUGUUGAUUAAUAUUCCCUUGGCUCUUCACAGGGCCAUAGGAACAGUGAUCAAGACAAUGAAUAGAGUAAGCAGUAGAGUUUCUUUUUAUUUCAUUGCCUGGUGUAAAGAUUAAUGGUCUUCCACAAGAUGCAUAUGUACUUUUAAGGUAAUACUUUGUGUGAUAUGGCCUAAAAACUCCAAUAUUCCUGUAAUAAAUAGAUGAGAUUAUAUUGUGUGUGAUAUGAGGUGAAAACUCCAAUAUUUCUGUAAUGAAUAGACAAAAUAUUGAACUCUUGUAAAGCUUGUAAAGUCACCAGCAGCAAUACAGUUUUAUUUUCACAUUGAAUCUAUUGUGUAUGUUGCUUCGUUUCUUGUUUAUGUUUAUGCACACUGUUUUAUUUGCUUUUACUUACUCUUUAAGAUGAAAGUGAUGUAUUGCAAAAUUUUCUGAAGUUAAAUGUUCUUGAAUGUUUGUUUGGUUAUAUGGAAAGAGGAAAAACUGAAAAAAAAAGAGGGAAAAUGUGGUUUAUCCAUUUGUAUUAUGCAUGUUUCUAUUGUGAUUUUGAGUUUCUCAUCAGAAAAACAAAUACAGUAAUGGGGAUAUGAAAGAAAACUGCAAUAGAAUUUUGUCACGUUUAGAAAAGCUGGUAUCUCACUUUGAAAUAGGUUGGUAAUUCUAAUUAAAUUUUAAUGAAAAGAAGACUUGAGGUAAUGAAAUAUGUAAGCAGAUUUUAAAGCCAUACAGUAAUGAAAUACUUAUUGUGUUCUAUAAACUGUAAUGUGCUUUGUUGUGUUCUAUAAACUGUAAUGUGCUUUGAGAACUGUAAUGAAAAGACAAUUCAGGUAAUGAUAUAUGCAGGUUAAAGAUUGAAAUAAAAAAAACUAACAUAGCUUACAUAUAUUAAGUAAUAAACAUGGAAUUUCAUAUUAAUUAAUAAACAUGGAAUUUCAGAAGAGGAUUUACAGGAAAAAAAUAAAAAAUAAAUAAUAGCAUAUAACAUAGAAAGUCAAGAGAGGUAAAAUAAAAGAUACAACAAUAGUAUGCAAUAAAUAAAGUCGAGAGAGAAUGCAAAUUCAAGUAAUAAUAGAAAGAAACAAUAGAUGGAAAACAAGGAGCUGAUGUAUAUUGAUAACACAUUCAUCAUUAUCAUAAAUUUACCUCCAGUGUGUAUAUAUGAAACGAUUAAUCUCAUUUUAGCAGGGUGUGUACUAAACUUUUAUCUUCUUUCCUAUGCCUGUAUUAACUGGUGUCCUUGGUAAUGAUGGCAGUGUUUAGGUGAAUCAUUUUAUCAGGAAGUUGAGAAUGUACAUCUUUGAAAAUUUUUGUUGAUAAAUCCAUAAUAGGUGUACUCAGUAUUUGAAAAGCAUCCAUUUGUACUUAAAAUUGUAGAGAAUAGUUUGUACAUUCAUGUAUUAUUAUUUAUCUGCAUUAUUGUCAUCAUAUAUUUUUUUUUUCUUGAUAAUAUGUAGCCAUUUUUUUUCUUUUUUUUUAAUAUGUAGCUUUUUUUUUCCUUCUCUAUUUCUGCUGCUGGUGAUGGAUAUUUAUUUUAAUUGUCAAUGAAUUUUUUUUUUUUUUCCUGGUUGGAUUUCUUAUUCUUGUUCAGAGUUUACUACAUUGGAUUUGUGAUUGUGAAUAAUGGAAAAAAAAAGAAGAAUUUGCA